AUGCGAAUUGUUGCGAUGGAAAAUGAAGCACAGACAGAAAUUGAAGAAUUUUCGGAAGAGGAUUUUCGGGAGAUUUAUAAGUGUUUAUUGACGAUUGGAUUUGCGGAAUGUGUUGAAGAGGAGGCGGAUGUGGAAAAAAAGAAGUUGAAGUUGAGAAGAGCGAGAUUGGCGAUGAGGUUUUUGGUGAAUUUGGUGCAGAGAUCUGAAAAGUGAGUCGAAAGCUGGUUUUUGACUGAAAAAUCGAGAGAAAUCAUGUAUUUUAGCCUAGGAAACAUGGAAAUUUUGAGUUUUGAACUGAAAAUUUAGUAUUUACAUCUGCCAGUUUUUUUGCCAGUUUUGAGCUCGAAAAUGAGCUUUUCUACCACAUUUGAAGAAAUUUUCAAAAUGAAAAUUGAUCUGAAAAUUCAAUAAAAUUUCAUAUUCAUAAUUUUCUGACCAGAACUUCGAAAAAUAAUCAUGGGAAAUUUCAAAUUUUUAUCGGAAAAACAUCAUUUUUCAUCUUAAAAUCUAUCGAAAAUAUAGACGUUCGAUCUAAAAUUGAUUGACAGAAAACACGGCUGAAAUUAUGACAAUUUUUGAGCUCAAAAUUUUUUAUCCUGGGAAAUUUCUAUCGAAAACAGUUAGUUUUAAUCUAAAAAUUAUGGAUUUUCAGCCAGUUUUUGAGUCCAAAAUCCGACUGAAAAUGAGCUUUUCUAGCCUGAACUUCAAAAUGUUUGAAAUCCUAGCCAAAAUUGCGAUUUUUUCGGUGAAAUCUUCUGGAUUUCUACAUUGAAUUUGAAAGAUUUUUCGAAUUCCAUUCAAACACUAUUGAGGAAAAUAAAUCUGCCCAUGUUCUAAACAUUUUUUGAAACGUAUAAUUUUUAUACUUUUUUUGAAUUGAAAUUCAAAAAUUUCUCUCAGGGUAAAAGAGACAAUUUUCAGAAGAAUUUUGAGCUCAAAAACUGACUGGAAAUCAUAAUUCAGCCUGAUUUUCUGGUGAAAAAUCUGAAUUUUCAGUUGGAAUUUUGACAUUUUCAUGUUUAUUUUUGAAAUUAAAAAUAUUUCAGGGUUAAAAACCCCAUAGAAUUCUGAAUUUCAGCUCAAACACCCAUUUUCAAAGUUCCAAAAACCUUCCCAUUUUUUGCAGAUUCGGCUCAUCAAUUUCGCACGAAUCGAUUGAUUUAAUCGAAAGUCUUUUAGUUGUUGGUGAAUUCGACAAAGAGAUCCUAAUUCUUCUCACAAAAACUGCGGAUUUCGGAGGAUAUUUGGAAUUUCAAAAAUCAACGAGAUAUUCAAAAUUACUCGAAAAAGUUGUUGAUUCAUUCUACAAAGCGAAUCAAAAAGGAGAUUCUAUCGAAAAUGAUGCUCUUGCAUAUUUUUCAAUUAUUUUUGAGAAAGAUUAUGCGAUUCUCGCGAAUUGUUAUGCUGAAAUGAAGGCUCAGAAUUUCGCCAAACUUUUGGGAAUUUUUGAAUUUUUGAUUGAGGAGAAUUGUGUGAAUUCAAAGAUUCAUGAGAAUAAUUUGUUGUUUUGCCUGAACUUGUUGGAAUUGAUUUGCAUGGAUAAUCAAAGUUAUAUCAAGUCGCAGGAGAAGAAAUAUCCGAAAAGUGUUGAGGAGCGGAAAAUGGCGACUGUUGAGACGAUUAAAUUGUUGGUGGAGAUUGUUGGUGAGGUUUUCUGGAAUUUUUGAAAUAUAGUUAUGACGUGGAAAAUUUUGAGUACUGUUAUUUUAUUUUAUUUGGGGAAAUUUGCCUAAAAAUUCAUUGAGAUUUGAAAAAAUCCAGAAAAAUUCAAAUCUAUUAAAAUUUCCUAGGAUUGUGAAAAAUUUCAUGAAAAUCUGAAUUUCACAGCAGAAAAAUCUCAGAAGUCUUUUUUUAAGCCUGAAAAUUUUGAAAUUUUAUGAAAUUUUCAUUUUUAACACAAAAUUCCCUAAUAAAAAUUCCUGAAUUUGAUUUCAGGCUAAAAAAAUCAGGAAAUUUCAAUUUCAGGCUAAUUUUUGAGAAAAAAUUUCAAAAGUUCAGAAAUCGUCAAAUUUUUACUUAAAAUUGUCUAAAAUCGCUCUAAUUUUAGCUGGAAAACUCAAAUUUUCUUGAAAAAAAUUUGAAAAUUUCAAUUUCAAUAUAAUUUUUCAGAGAAGAAUUCAAAAAUUGCGAAAAUAAAUCCCAAAUAUAAUUUCAGGCUUUAAAAAUUAGAAUUCGUCUGAAAUUGGCUCAGAAUUUAACUAGAAAACUCGAAUUUUCUCCUAAAAUUUUGAAAUAUGAUUUUUCUACUGAAAAUCAGAAAUUUUCUGAGUUUUAGGAAAUUCCGAAUUAUCAAAUUUGAAAAUUUCAAUUUUUUGGAAUUCUAGACAUUUUCUUCUAAGAAAAAAUUUAGCUUAAAAUUAGUUUUGGUUUAAAUUUUCAUCAUUUUGAAAUUAUAAUAUCAACAUUUGAAAAUUCUUAAUUUUUCCAGGCGAAAUGUGCUCAAAUACCCAAAUGACAUCAAAACUCAACGAAAAAGCAACAACAAUUUGUUGCAUUUUUGAUAUUUUGGACACAAUUCUACAAACUGAAGCCAUAUUCUUUGAAUAUCGUCAAAAUCACGAAUUCCCUUCAGAAAAUCCUCCAAAAGAUGAAAAAAUUCGAAAAGCACUUUUGGAAGAAAAACGAAUUGAAGAAGCGAAGAAAAAACAACCGGAUCGACCUGAUCAACCAAAACCAGCCAGGCUAAAACGAGUGGAAGAAUCUGAAACACUUUCAGCCAUUUCGCAAGUGUUUUUGGAGUUUUGGAAAAAUGUGAAAGAUGAGGAUUAUGGGACUAUUGGAGAGAUUAAGUUGAAUUGCUUGAAAGCUAUUGGUAGGCUGGAAUUUUGGGGAGAAAAUUAUGCUCUAAAAUUUGACUGAAAGUUUAAGAAAAAUGCUCCAAUCAUGAAAAAUGUGUUUCCUCAAAUUUGACAAAAUUUUGAAACAGUGAAAUUUUUUUGUAACAUUUUUUUCCAAAAUUUCGCAUUAAAAGCUCAUAAUUUUUAUCUGUAAACGCGGAAUAUUGUUGUAUUUUCUGGUAGAAUUUCGUGGAGUUUUGAAAGAAGAACAUUGAAUGCUAUAAAGCAAAUAGGAAAUUUUAUUUUUCAAAUUUACAAUUUUUUGAAACAGUGAAAUUUUGUUAUUGAAAAAAGCAUGUCUUACACGAGCUUCUGUAUUUUUUUCGAAAUUUUUCAUCAAAAACCGACAAUUUUUAUUGUGUAAACGCGGAGUAUUGUUGUAUUAUAUUAUUUGGAUGUAGAAAAAUCAUUGAAAAAAAUUCAUUUUCUCACAUUUGAAACAAUUAUGAAACAGUGAAAUUUUUAAAAUAUUUUUUUUCAAAUUUUUUCAUUUAAAAAUCACAAGUUUUAAGUCUAAACACGGAGUAUCGUUGUAUUUUCUGGUAUAAUUUUUCGGAUUUUUAUUGUCCCAAAUUUUGAAAAUUUUUUGAAAUAGUGUAUUUUUCGACGGAGUGAAUGCUUGGAAUGCUUGGAAUUUUCGAAAAUGAUUUAACAACAUUUUCGAAACAGUGAAAUUUUUUCUGAAAAAAUGUUAAUUCAAAAUUCAAAUUGUUUGCAGCCAAUCUUUGCGAAUUAUCAAUGGAGAAUAAAUUGGCAAGCUGCAAAAAUGGAAGAAUGGGAUUACUGUCGAUUUUGCAGUGCACUACGAGAAGACCCAUUUGGUUUUUUGAAAGCUAUGCGAUUGUGAGUUGAAACAGGGAAAAUUUACGUUUCAAAAUUGUUAUUUGUUUGUUUUUUGGAAAAUGUGUUUGGUAUAUUCUUGCUUGAAUCCAAAAAAAUUUCCUGAAUGUUUUGUCUUUGAAAAUCCCACGUCAUAGUUGUUUUCCAGCAAAAAUGGGCAAUUUUCUGCGUCCGCCAAUUGACCGAAGAUUGCCUUGAAAACAAGGAAGUUAUCCUAAAUCUCGAUCAACCCGCGCAACCAAUUAUGGAUCGACAGAAAUUGUUGAGCCAAUUUGGACUCAAAUCUGUGCUCGAAGAUGAGAAAUUCAAAUUGAAACCUAUUCAGGAAUAA